CUGCCCACAGAGACAAAGGUCCUUUCCUUAUCCUAUUCAACUCGUGUUCGUUCGUUGUUACCAUUACCAGCAAGUUAAAGAGUGUUUAUUCAGAGUACUUGAAUUGAGGUUCCGAAUGGCACACUCUCUGAGUUUUGCUCCUAUUUGUUCCUUCAAGUCCUCUUGCACACAAGGGGCAAUUUCCGGUAAUUCGGUUGCCCGAAAGGCUUUUCAGAUAAAUGAGGCAUGUCAGGAUUCUAAGGCUCGAAACUUUCAAUCUUUGAAGGCCGCGGAUGGUAAUCCAAGCACCAAAACAAAGAGUAUAGUUUGUCCUGAUUGUGAAGGAAAUGGUGCAAUAUUAUGCACUCAAUGCAAAGGUACUGGAGUUAAUUCUGUAGAUCACUUCAACGGACAAUUUAAAGCUGGUGGAUUAUGUUGGCUAUGCAGGGGAAAAAGGGACAUAUUGUGUGGAAGUUGUAAUGGCGCUGGCUUUAUUGGUGGAUUCAUGAGCACAUUUGAUGAUUAGAAAAAUAGCCCAGAUUGGAUAUUUUAAGAAUUGUUAAUCGUUACAGCUAAAGAAAGAGAAAGGGAGUGUGGGGGACUAGGUAGCAACAUGCAUGUUCCUCUGUUGGUCUUUUGUUUUGAGUAAUUAAUGUUAUACUUUGCCAGUUUUUUCAGUAAAUGUAAGAUUUUGUUUCCUUGAUUAUUGUUCCAUGAUUUUGAUGUGUAACCGCAGAUUGUACUUUGAAUAAAUUAAGCAAUGAUAGGAGAAAUUUGGUUAAAACUAA